AUGCCUCGAACAGCUGAUCAUAUUGCUAGUCAUUUAAAUUUGUUUACGGAUCGUCACGAACCAUCUGGAAGUCAUUUAUAUCUUUAUCAAACCAGAAAGAAAAGAAAUUCGAAUGGGAGUGAAAAUUUUGACUCUAAUCGAAAAUCAGGAACCAUCGUAUCAGUUAUUUCAACAGAAGAUGUUCGUAAUGAGCCUGUACUCCUUACUAUCAUUGAAAAUGCUAAUAUGGAUGGAGUUAAACAUCUACAAACAAAUGAUGCUUUUUCAAAAUAUUUUUGGGCAACAAUAAUUGUUAUAUUCGUAUUGUUAGCAUGUUUUCAAAGUUUUAAACAAAUCAAUAUGUAUUUGACCACUCCUGUAGCAACAAAUAUCGAAGCAACUUAUCCUAAUCAAAUACCAUUUCCCGUUGUUGCUAUUUGCAAUAAUAAUCAGUACAGGUUAACCUAUUUGACGGGUCCAGCAAUUCAAAAUCGCAAGCCAAAACAGCCAAGAAACAAUAAUACUUCAUCUAGCGAAAUGAAUUUGACAGUAUUUGAUGAAGUGUUAGAAAAUGCUUGGGAUAUGGAUGCUGUAAAAUUUCUCAGGAAUGCGGCACACUGGAAGUCUAGAAUGAUACUAAGCUGUACUUGGCCAAAUGGUACCAGUUGUCGAUUAUCAAAUUUCAAAGCAGUUUGGACACUUACGGGUCUUUGCUGGGCCAUAAACACGGAUCCAAAUAAUCCGCAUUAUAUAUCUUCAAGUGGCUCUGACAAUGGUCUCAGGCUGUUAUUAAAUAUCGAGCGAUAUGAGCGAGUAGAAAGUUGUACGCCAUAUUUUCGAACUAUGAGCCUUCCUGGAUUGAAAAUUUUAAUUUAUAAUCAAACAGAUGUACCGGAAUCAUCACUUGAUGGUGUCAAUGUUCCUCCCGGAUAUACAAUGGAGAUUCCAUUUAAGAUGCAAAAGAGGCAUAAAUAUUCGGGUGCAGGAUGUGUAGAAAAAAGUGAGAAACAUCGGACAACAAUGUUGGCAGUUGAUGAUCCAGAAAAUAUUCAAACAUGUACUAUUCGAAAAUAUUUGCAUGAAAUUGAAAAAAAAUGCAAAUGUUCAAUGAGGAGAGCAUAUAAUCCAAAUCCGGGAGCAUAUAGUUUUUGCAACGUGGAUCAAUAUUUCACGUGCGCAUUACCCACUUUACAAUUCGGUAAAAAAAGAAGUUUUAAUCGAUCUGGUUGUCUUUCACCAUGUGAUCAAAUUGAUUAUACAGCUUGGCAAGAUAUGACUUUACUACCAAAUAGUAUAUUUCCAUCGCUGAUCGAUACCGCCGAAGAAGAUGAUGUGGAGGAUGUUAUUGAUGACUACGAUGUCGAAAAUGAAGUAAAAAACAUGGAGCUUCAGCGUGAUGAACAUUUCCAAUGUGAAGAGAAUCAACUCCUAAGCAAUAAACAGGUUAGGCAAAUCAAGCGUGAAGCUCAACGUGCCUAUGAAAAGCAAUCUCGAUAUCAAGAGGAUAUAAGACUGAGAACGAAACGAAUGAUACUGAAGCUACGAGAAGCAACACAAAGAUUAAUUGAUAAUGGUUGGGGAUGGACGGAUGGAACGUAUCAAAAUGCUUAUGAGCGACUGAACAAAUCGGUCAGCUGUUUUAGUGAUUUACCUACCGAUCAUGAUAAAAUGUUUGCUGCUAUUGAAAAUCCACCAAUGUCAACUGAGGAAGCACGAAUUUCUGUCAUAUAUCGACUUCUCGAACCAAAAGAAGAUAUGAAUGGUGCUAAGAAAUAUCAUACUAUCGUAGAACUCCGUGAAGCUUUUAGUGAUCGUUUUGAUGAAGUUGUAAAGGAAAUGCAAGGAUUCGUUAACACUGUCACCAAAUUGUACAGAAUAUAUCGUCCAUCAUUUUAUAAAUCAACAUUGGGUAUUAAUCUUAAACGAAUGGAUACUAUCUUAUUUUUGGCAAAACAGUAUGAAUCAGGCAGGUUACAACGACGUGCAUGGGCGGAAAAAAUGCAAUCUCGAAAUAUGCGUCAUUUCUUUGAACAGGAUUUUUAUGAAGAUUGGUACAAUCCAAUGCUAAAAGAUUUGGAUGAAAAUUUGGUGCGUAAUAUUGCUGAUAUGGCUGAUGAUGAAUUACCUAAUUUAAUGGCUGCUAUUAACAAUGAUAAAGGUUUGCAGAUGGGUUCGAUGCUAUAUUUUGGUGAUACAACAGCACAUCAUAGAGAACAAUUUGAUGCAUUUAUCCGCGAUAUUAUUGAUUGUACUUUUGGUGAUGUAAAAAAUGAAAGUAUUGCCCUAUUGAAUUCAUUCAAAAAAAUGAUGAACGAAUUUCAGUCAGCAUAUUCGAAUUUAUACCAAAAGGAAUUACCAGCUUAUUUGGCCAACUUUAAUUUUGGAUCGGAAUUUGUAGAACAAAAUUUUGCAAUGGUAAAUGUUUUCCUGCAUCAGAUGAACAUUGAAACAUGGCGACAAGAGAGUACCUACAGCAUUUGGAGUUUGGCAUGUGAUGUAGGUGGUGCACUUGGUCUAUUUCUCGGCGCAAGUUUACUUACAGUUAUCGAACUUAUUUAUGCAUGCUGCCAGUAUGGUCUGUGCAGUCCGUUCUGUCGUUGGCCAAUAAACUGUUGGAGAAAUAUUAAAACACAUCCUGCGGAUAAAUCAGACAAAUGGAAGGAAAAGGAUAAAUCGGAGGAGAAAACAAAACUUAUUGGAGUUACGAUAAAACCGUCUAAAUGUUCCAUAUCAAGUGCGGUCUCUUCAAAAAGCACUUCAUCCAUCGAGAAAUUGAAUGAAAUUCAUGAGCAAUUUAAUAACCAAAACUUUCUGUCAACAGAACCAAUUCAUGCCAUAAAUCUAUCUGAGAGUGAAUUAUCAAAGAAUUUAACUUCUAGCCGUUCAUCAUCCAUCAAUUUCACUAAUAAUGAAAGUAUUUUACCAAAUGAUUUUUCAUUUGAAACAAACAGUUUUGAAAAGCAAGAUUCUGUGAGUUCUUCCAGAAUGCCUGCAAAUUUUCUGGGACAGUCUUCGUUUGAAUCCUUUUCAUCCGAAUUUUACGACAAAAUAGCAACAUUAUUUCAACCAAAAAAUGAAAAACAAACAGUCGUUUGA